GCCACCUUCCAACCUGACUAAUAACGAAUUUAAGUAGGUGAAAGGUGAAUUUGAGCCUCAUGUCGCCAUCAAAGCUAGGUCAAUUUCAGCCUAUGAGUCCGUCUUGGAGUCUACAAUUUUGCCGCAUUCCCAAAAUUUCUCCUAGUCGUCUCAAUUACCUCUCUAUUCAAGUCGCUUUGACUUGAAUAUCUCAUUCAUACUUUCACUUCAAACGUCCUGCACCUUCCCUGUUCUCUGCUGUCCUAGCAGAUCCAUUUUGAAACAUGGGGGACCCGAUGGACUUGGACUCUCCCACUAACGCUCUGAAGCGAAAAGCGGAUACAGACAUUAAAUAUCCUUUGAAAAGCACGUCUCCCAAAGGCGGCGAAGUACUCUCAAGUAUUUGGAAUACCGACGAUAAUUCCUCCUCGUUUCGAAAGUUUCCUCAAAAGUCCUCGAGCUUGCCUUUUUGCCAACCGAUUGAUUACACCUCGAUCAGCGGGCCAACAUACCUCACUGCUCAAACCUUAAUUCAACAGGUCGCAUAUGCCCUCUCCGAUAAGAUCUUCUCAUACUCACCGGAGUCCUUCGAUUUGGAUGUUGCUGUCAAGGAAUGGGCUGCCUCGAACUCCAAGAAUGCCAAUGGCUAUACUACACAAGUCGCCCCCAUGCAGACGAGGUCUGGUGCGGGAGCAAUUGCGUUGGGAUAUAUGUUCUCUAAAGAUUUCGAUUUGACCAAGAGACAUAUUCCUCAGUCUUUGUUGGCCUCUUCGUCAAGCUUGCACAGUCUGCGUGCUGCCCUCGACCAACUUUCACUCCUAUACUCUGUCGCCAAUCCAUUCGUGGCCCACGUUGCAGCGGUUGACUAUGCUCCUGGCUCCUCUCGAGCAUUGGUCACUGAUUAUGCCACUGCUUUGACUGUGGCAGAGGAGUUGGGACUUGGACUCGUGUCUAGCUCUUCUGCAUACGAAGCUCAGCAUAUGUCCCUCUUCUCUACUAUAUUGGCCAACGUUCUGCCUACGAUUCACAUAUAUGAUGGUGUUAAUGUUGGUCGUGACACAUUGCGUGUUAUUGACGUCUUGAACCAGUCUGGCUUGAGCAGCGCAUAUACCAAUGUGCUAAAGGAGCUUGAGAAGCUCAGUAAGAGAGCAGAUGCUGAAACGAAGGUCACUCAAUUGCUCAAUGCAUUCAACAACGAGCUCGGAACUGCCUAUAACCUCUUCGAGUACCGUGGACACAACAAUGCUGAAAUUGUAUUGGUUGUCUUCGGGAGCGUCGAGAGCUCGCUUGCGGGCCAGGUUGCUGAGAAAUUGGCUACUGAUGGCUCGAAGGUUGGUGUGCUAAAUGUUCGAGUGUACAGACCAUUUGCAGAGGAUGCUUUCCUGAAUGCACUUCCUGCUUCAGUCAGAAGUAUUGCUGUCCUUGGCCAGGUGCUUGACCAAGCCACUGUAGCAGACGAGUCUACACACUCGAGCCUUUACGAAGAUGUACUGGCUGCAGUUGUGUUCUCUGAAAAAUGGCACACCAAACCUGCUAUUGUUGAUGUGAAGUACUCUCGCGCAGAGACAUUUACACCAAGCUCAGUUGCGGCUAUCUUCAAUCAAUUGACUGGUAAGCCAACUGAAACGGUCGAGAAGAUUGAGCUGUUGGGUGCUGGGCAAGCUGAGCAAUACACCUUCUGGGAUUUGGAUGACUCUGAAGCCGCUGUCGCUCCAGUUGCUCUUGGAAAACUCUUUUCUACGAAUGCGGCAGCCAACGUUAUCACCAGUCAAACGCAUGACAACUUCGUUCAAGGUGGAACUAUCAGGACUGAUAUUCGAAGUUCUAGAAAGUCAAUUGAGGCUGCUUACCCUGUUGAUGAGGCCGAUGUCGCUUAUGUAGGAGAAGAGAAGCUCCUCAAGGAUAUCGGUAUUGUCAAGAAUAUUAAGAAUGGUGGCAAACUCAUUCUUAAGCUCCCAGGUGUCAAGGAUGAAGAUCUGGAGAAAAAGCUAUCUAUUCCUGUUCGAAACGAAAUCAAGUUCAGAGGCAUCGAGUUGUUCCUUCUCGACCCGGCUCUGUCAGCUGCUGUCGAAAAGGAUUCUGGUGUUGAGACUUUGGCGGUGGAGUUGGCCUUCCUCAAGGUUGCUCACCCAGAAAGCUACGAAGUUGCCGGCCAGAAGCUAGCAGCUCUUGGAGGUGAUGUUACAGCGAGGAAGGCUCUCGUUGCCGAGAUUUCUGGCGAUUUGGAGAAGAUCUUGCGACAGAUUGAGAUUCCAGAAUCAUGGGCCGAAGUCGAGGUCGACAAGGAAGCUCCUGCCCUCCCAGCUACAAUCAAGUCAAGCAGUUUCACUGGCUUUGAGAAGGAAGAGACUGAGGCACCUUCUCUGUUGCGCAACUGGGAGUCUGCUGCAAAGGGUCUUGUUUUCAAGGAGGCUUAUGGCACCAAGACUGCCCUGAGACCAGAUCUCACUACGAAGACUUACGAGAUCACCGUUCAAGAGAACCGUCGAUUGACACCUCUGACUUACGAUCGUAACAUCUUUCACAUCGAGUUUGAUCUUGGUACCUCUGGUCUCACCUACAAUAUUGGUGAAGCGCUUGGCAUUCAUGCUGAGAAUGACGUUGAUGAGGUUAUUCAAUUCAUGGGAUUUUACGGUUUGAACGCCGAGGAUGUCGUCGAAGUCCCAUCUCGCGACGAUCCGAAUGUUCUCGACACUAGAACUGUCUUUCAAUCACUGGUACAAAACAUCGACAUUUUUGGAAAGCCGCCCAAGCGCUUCUACGAAGCUCUUGCGGAAUUCGCCUCCGAUGAGAAUGAAAAGAAGGAACUUCUUACACUAGGCGGUCCAGAGGGCGCGAAUGAAUUCAAACGCCGCGCUGAAGUCGACACAAUUACUUAUGCGGACAUUCUCCUCGAAUUCAAGUCUGCUCACCCCUCAUUCCACGAUAUCGCUCGCAUCGUCAGCCCCAUGAAACGCCGUGAGUACUCCAUCGCCUCUUCUCAAAUGGUCAACCCCACCACCGUCGCCCUAAUGAUCGUCGUCGUCUCCUGGGUCGAUCCUAAAGGCCGCGAUCGCUUCGGACAAGCAACUCGCUACCUCAGCAAACUUCCCAUUGGAGCAAAGGUCACCGCAUCCGUCAAGCCCUCCGUCAUGAAGCUUCCAGUCAAAGACACCGCACCACUCAUCAUGGCCGGUCUAGGCACAGGACUCGCGCCCUUCCGCGCCUUCGUCCAAUACCGCGCCAUGCAAAAAGCGCAAGGCAAAGAAAUUGGUUCUAUCCUCUUGUACAUGGGCUCUCGUCACCAACGAGAAGAAUACCUGUACGGUGAAGAAUGGGAGGCUUAUCAAGAUGCCGGCGUCAUCACUUUGUUGGGUAGAGCAUUCUCCCGUGACCAGCCGCAGAAAAUCUAUAUCCAGGAUAGAAUGCGACAGACCAUUCAAGACAUUAUCAAGGCGUAUAUUCAUGAGGAAGGAGCGUUCUAUCUUUGCGGACCGACGUGGCCAGUUCCGGAUGUGACGGAGGUCUUGGAGGAGGCUAUUAAGAGGGAUGCGGUAGCGAAGGGAGGAAAGAAGGUUGAUUCUAGGAAGGAGAUUGAGAGGCUGAAGGAGGAGCUGAGGUAUGUUCUUGAGGUUUAUUAGGGGAUGGUUGGAUUUGUAAGAUGCGAGGCCUUGGGGAAAGGGGAGAUAGCUAGAAUGUAGGAUGAAAUAUAGCAAGCUCUAGCAACCACACAUCUUUCUUUCGAAGGCUUGCCAUUCUCCCGGAUGAUACAUGUUACACUAGCCUCUCUCAUUUCAGACCAGUGAAUGUCGGAUUCUAAACCGCUCAUUCUCGGGUAACGGUUUAAAGCUUCUCGGCAUGCUAAUGUCGGUCUCCAUUUCAAUGCCCGGUACCUUGGAAUGUCCGGUCGAUUUACAACAUAAAUCCUCUAAGCAACCUCAUCGUUGUUAUAGCUCGCACAUAC